AACCAUCCCCUUUUCUGAGGGCAGGGGGGUUUGAAGGGGAGGUAGCGAUAAUGGGGGCGCGCCGGUGUGUGAGCCGCAGUAUAUAAGCCCGCUGGAAGGGUAGCCGCUGCAUCAGAGUUGACAAUCGAUUGUUGUAACAAGCACAACUUCACAUCCAACAACGAACCAUCCAACGAAGACAACGACCCAACCCAAGCAAGUGCCGAGGCGCAGAAGCAAACAUUUGGAGCAGAUCAUCCAGCAACAGAAGAAAGGAAGGUGUUUACGAUCAACGGCUGAGACACACGAUCAAGCCGGAAAAUGGCGAACGAGAAGCAACAGACCACAGCAUCGCUGGCAGCGAGCAUCAUACCGGAGUUCCACGGUGCAUCGGACGAUUGGAACGUGUACCGCGAGAUACUGGAAGAGUUCUACCGUGCGAAUGGCAUCACCGGAGCGGCCCGUGUCCCCGUGCUGCUGAGUGUGAUCGGCAAAACCACAUACCGGACGGUGCGCGGCCUUUGCCAUCCCCGCUCCCCGAAAGAGAUGGAGUACGACGAGCUGUGCCGUGUGAUGGCGCGCCAGUUUGUGCCGGAGGUUGCGAUCUUUCGGCUUCGCUCACGGUUUUACCGUGCCGAGCAACGGCGCUGUGGUGAAAGUGUGAAACAGUGGUACGCUCGACUGAAGGCCCUCUCGGUUGAGUGUCAGUUCGAGGAGCAACAGUUGGAACCGCUCCUUCUCGACCGGUUCGUGAUCGGAUUGGCCCCCGGACCGGUGCAGAACCGGUUGUGCGAGGAACUGCCGGGUUCGCUCACUCUGGAGCGUGCGGUUGAUAUAGCGGCAAGUAUGGAAGCGGCACAGCACCCGUCCGACGAUGCCGAAGAAAUGGUCCAAGAGUUUGCCGGAAUGGGCCUUGGAGGAGAAGGUGAAGAAGGAGGUGAAGAGCGCUGUCGUCGGCGUCACCGUGGACGUUAUGGACGGUUCGGGUUCCCCCAUGGCCACGAAGCGAUGGGACCGUGGGGACCGUUUGCUGGUGGCCGGCAUCAUCAUCGUCAUGGACGUCAUCAUCGGCACCCGCAGGCACCGGCAUGGCAUUCGGAAGCGGAAGAAAUGCAACCGCAUCGCCAUCAUCAUCGUCACCAUCGUCGCCACCAGCAUCCAGUGGCACCACACUGGGGACCACCGGCCGGAAUCUUUAUGCCGGGUGGCUUUGGAAGGCCUUGUCACCGGGAGAGACCAUCGCGAGGUUACGGAGGUCCUGGGAUGAUGUGCCCCGGAUCGUCUUACGAGCGACGAUUGGCAAAGAAGUGGCGCAAGAUGCAUUAUCGUAUGCGUCGUCGUCGCUCCAGCAGCACCUCGUCGAGCAGUAGCAGCAGCAGCAGCAGCAGCAGCUCUUCAUCUUCGUCGAGCAGCAGUGGCAGCGCCAGCGAAACGGAACGGGAACCACAGACCGUCGACAAGAAGUGCCGCAAGCGGGACAAGAGUGAGGCAGCGGCACAGCGCAAACACCACCACGGUAAACACCAUGGCCACGGGCGCCACGAACAUGGUCACGGACGGCGACGCGGUCACGGUCACGGUCAUGGACACCACGGACAUCAUGGCCACGGAUUCGAAGCUGGCAACCGUCGUCAACAGCACCGCAGCAGCCGUCGACAGCAACCGACCGCUGAUGAGACGCAACCGAUCAACAAUGAGCCCACGACUGAGCCGGAACUGAUCGAGUAGAGAAGAUGCACCACGGGGAACUAGUAAUAUGGACACGUGUAACAUGAAUCUAUCUUAGGACUAAGCAACAAGUAUUGCCAUCGAUCAAAAAAAGCAUAAAAAACGGGGGUAAAAACAUAUAAUCUACCAAAAAAAAAAAACAAACAAAAAAUAAAGCAAAAUGAUGGCAAAAAAGACGAAAAAAAACAACAAAAGAAAAUCCACCAAAAAGGAUGAUAAAUCAAAACUGUGAUAAAUAAAUCUUGUCUCAACUACACUCAA